AUGAAGCUUCAGAAUUUAGGACUGGUAAUAGUUUCGCUGAUAUGCAGCACUUCCGCAACCCGAGAGUUCCACAGAGCAUUUCAAUCACUGAGGAAACGAUCGCUACCGACCUUAACCAGUAGCUCUUCCUCGCAGACUUCCAGUAGUAUCGUGACAUCUGCAACCGCUCAUAAUACUACAACAUCAUCCACAACAAGAUCUAGCUACUCUGCCACGUUUACUGCAGUGAUACCGACUUCGAAGAAUGAAUACAUAUACAGAACAAGAUAUCCCUCGGGAACACUAUUUGUGAUCGUGGGUGGCAUCAUGGGCCUAAUUGGACUGCUUUUCUUUCUUACAUGGAUGGCGUUUGCUGUGCAGGCAUGGCUGAGAGCACGCCGUGAAUACCGUCUCCAGUCUAUCGAGUCUCGCUAUCAAGCCGAUCCUUUUAUGUUCCAUUCCAAGGAUAUCGACACAGAUUACUCAGACGGCUCAGAUGGCAGCGAUUAUUCGGAAAAGGUACUGAAGGCCCGUUCUUCUACCAGACUCAGCACACAUACCAUUUACACCUUGGGGUCCCAGUCAACCCUCAAUCUGCUUCAAAAAGGAGCACAGCAAAGUGCCCCUCUAUCCAGCGCAAAUCGACAGUCCAUGUUUAUAUCUCCCACUGAAGUGUUGAAGAACGCCGCAAAUAGUAAGAGCGUUAUGUCUGUAAAUACUCCAGAGUCGGAUAAUUCUGGUUUUUCAGGGCCUAUGCAAAAUACAGACAUUUUUACACACUCGGAUCCCCUUUAUCAGCUCGCAUACGGCGACCAACGUACAGCUAGACCUCCCAGCGUUCACCUGGAAAAGAUGUUGGACGAGGAUGAAUAA